GUCAUGUGGUGUCGCGGUGCCCUGCAGACAGUCCGGACCGUGUCCUCCAUCAGACAGGCCGGCGUGCUCUUCGACGUGGACGGUGUUCUGCUCCGCGGCGGGUCUGUGAUUCCGGCCGCUCAGAGAGCUUUCCGGAAGCUUCUGGACCAAAACAACAACUUCCUGUUUCCUGUUGUCUUCGUAACCAACGCAGGAAGCUGUCAGAGACACGACAAGGCCCAACAGCUGUCUCACCUCCUGGACGUACAGAUCUCUCCGGACCAGGUGGUUCUUUCCCACAGUCCUUUGCAGCUGCUGACGGCGUUCCAUGAUAAGACCGUCCUGGUGUCGGGUCAGGGGCCGCUCGCUGCCAUCGCCAACACUUUGGGUUUCCAGCAGGUUGUGAGUGUAGAUCAGCUCAGAGAACAUCACCCCAUGCUGGACAUGGUGGAGCACAACAAGAGACCCUCACAGUCAUCUCCUCUGCAGACUCUCCCAAAGAUAGAAGCAAUCAUCCUCUUCGGAGAGCCAAUCAGAUGGGAGACCAACCUGCAGCUGCUGAUUGACGUGCUGCUGACCAAUGGGAGUCCAGGCAGUGCGUACGGGCAAGCGGCGGCGCCCCAGCUGCCCGUGCUCGCCUGCAAUAUCGACCUGACGUGGAUGGCUGAGGCCCCGUCACCACGGUUCGGCCACGGGAUGUUCCUGCUGUGUCUGGAGGCGGCCUACAGGAAGCUGACGGGCCGCGAGCUACAGUACCAGGCGCUGCUAGGAAAACCAUCGCUGCUCACCUACCAGUACGCCGAGCACCAGCUGACCCGCCAGAACCACCACCACAAGGUCACCACCAUCUAUGCCAUUGGUGACAACCUGGUGACGGACGUGUACGGCGCUAACCAGUAUAACCGCUUCCUGAGUCAGCAGCAUGCUGCCACGACAACCACCACCAAGCUGGUUGCCAGGGGAACAGGGAGUCAGGUGACGGUGGAGGAGCAGCUGGUGUCUGCGGCGGCUCAGUGUCGCUCCAUCCUGGUGUGCACAGGUGUGUAUGACCCAGCCAGCCCCGUCACAGAGACGGUGUUCCAGGGUCACAGAGACCUGCUGCUGGAGCCAGGCCUACUGGAGCCGGAUCACCUGGUGGAGGACGUGGAGGCCGCAGUCGACCUGCUGCUGCAGCACGAGACCUCUGACCUGACACAUGAACUCUGACCUGACACAUGAUCUCUGACCUCUGACUUGACACAUGACCUUUGACCUGACACAUGACCUCUGACUCGUCCUGUGACUGUUGAUCUUCUAACGUGUUUAAUUUUGAUUGUAACAGAAAAUAAAAAAUAAAGUUGUUUGUUCGUUCACUGAGUCACACAAUCAUGAUAUGAAUAUGAUUAAAUAUACUAUAAAUAUAACAUGUAUGUAUUAUGUGAAUGUAAUA